AUGAUUGACCUUAUCCACUUCCAAACCGACAAGGGUGGUAACCCCGACGUUGUGCGAGAGUCUCAGAAGAAGCGAGGCGCCUCUGUCGAGAUCGUUGACGAGGUCAUUGCCCUUUUCACCGAACACAAGGCCGCACAAUUCUCCCUCGAAAAUGCCAAGCGAGAACUCAACGUCUUGCAGAAAGAGAUCGGUCAGAUCAAGAAGAACAAGGGAGAUGCCUCUGCUCAGCUCGCCAAAAAGGCUGAGAUGGACAAGGAAAUUCUCGACAUCACAGCGCGGGUGCAGGACCUCAUCAAGCAGAGAGAUCAGAAGGCUGGGCAGAUUGGAAACAUUGUGGACCCUCAAAAUCAUGUGUCAAUGACCGAGGACGACAACCCCGUUCUCAAGCUCUGGCACCCCGAGCCCAACCACAAGGGCAACUCUGAGUUGCUUACCGAGGCCGACAAGUCCACCGAUAUCCUCUCCCACCAUGAAGUCCUCGCCCGUCUCGAAGCCUACGACACUGACCGUGGUGUCAAGGUCAACGGUCACCGUGGUUUCUUCCUCACCAACGAUGGUGUCGACCUUAACCAGGCUUUGAUCAACUACGGCCUCGACUUUUUGAGAAAGAAGCAGUACAAGAAGGUGCAACCGCCGUUCAUGAUCAAGAAGGAGAUCAUGGGUGCUACUGCGCAGCUGGAAGACUUUGACGAGGCCUUGUACAAGGUACAGGGUGGUGACAAGGACAUGUACUUGAUCGCUACCAGCGAACAACCCAUCUCUGCCAUGCACAUGGACGAGAACCUCGACCCCAAGAACUUGCCCUUCCGAUACGCCGGUUACUCUACGUGUUUCCGAAAAGAGGCCGGUUCUCACGGCAAGGACACUUGGGGUAUCUUCCGUGUCCACCAAUUCGAAAAGGUUGAGCAAUUCAUCGUGUGUGUCCCCGAAGAGUCUCCCGCCCACCUGGACAACAUGGUUGCCAACUCCCGCGAAUUUUACGAGAGUCUGGGUAUUCCUUACAGGGUUGUCAACAUCGUCUCUGGUGGCCUGAAUAACGCUGCCGCUAUCAAGUACGACUUGGAAGCUUGGUUCCCUUAUCAGGGAGAGUACAAGGAGUUGGUAUCUUGCUCCAACUGUACCGACUACCAGUCCCGAUCUCUCAAUGUCCGCCUCGGUUUCAAGGAGAAGGACAAGAAGACUGGUUUCGUGCACAUGCUCAACGGCACUCUCUGUGCCACCGAGCGAGCCCUCUGCUGUUUGGUUGAGAACUACCAGACUCCCGAUGGUCUUCGUAUACCCAAGGUUCUCCAGCCUUACAUGCAAGGCCGAGACUUCCUUCCCUACACUGCCGAGUUGCCCAAGACUUCUACCAGCAACAGGGCCAAGAAGUAG